AUGAUAGAUGUAAGCAGCGAUCCUCUAUUGAAUGUGUGCGUAAAACGCCGCCAAAAGCACGCUGGGAGUAACAAUGGUAGCGAAGUACAGGAACAAGAGGUAGUUAUAGUCCAUGACUUCAACGAAGUAGCACCCAGGCGACGGUCCGACAGCAGCAUGCCAGCCGAGGAGUGGGAGGAAGCCCACCCCAGCACCGGCAACCCAGCAUACAGAUAUUAUGACUGGAAGUAA